GAAAAGGAAGAUGAAGAAGAAAAAGGUGUUCAACCUGGCCAAGGGUUUCCGAGGCAGGGCGAAGAACUGCAUUAGAAUCGCGAGGGAGAGGGUCGAGAAGGCCCAGCAGUACUCCUACAGAGACCGCCGCAACAAGAAGCGUGAUAUGCAGUCUCUCUGGAUCCAGCGCAUCAACGCCGGCACUCGCUUCCACUCAGUCAAUUACGGUAACUUCAUGCACGGGCUGAUGAAGGAGAACAUCCAGCUGAACUGGAAAGUUCUGUCAGAAUUGUCCAUGCAUGAGCCACUUAGCUUCAAGGCCCUUGUGGACAUCUCCCGUAAAUCCUUCCUUGGGAACAAGAAUGUGGUUCAUCCUCCCAGGAAGGUAAGCAUUCCAGUCAGUGUCUAGUAUGUUGGUCGCUUUGUGUCUCUUUUUUCUCUUUUUGAGCUCGAUGUUUGAACCAUUGUUUCGUGGUUCCUACAAAGCUUCUACUGGUUUAGAAAGAAUUUACGGCCUGAACUUUGAGAACUCAAUCAUCUUUUGCUUGCAUG